AGCCGAAGACAUCGGCACUGUCAUGUGUCCAAUCACAGCUGUGAUGAUCAGUAUGCCCUGAUGAUCAGUGUAGCCCCAGCAGUGCCACCUGUCAGUGCCUAUCAAUGUCACCUGUCAGUGCCCAUCAAUGCCACCUGCCAGUGCCCAUCAGUGCCACAUCAAUGCCACAUAUUAGUGCUUACCAGUGCACAUCAAUGCCACAUAUUAGUGCCUAUCUGAGUUGCCUUUCAAUGCCACCUAUCAGUGCCAGUCAGUACCACCUAUCAAUGCCAGACAGUGCCGCCUAUCAGUGCCGCCCAACAGUACCAGUCAAUUCCACCUAACAGUGCCAGUCAGUGCCACCUAUCAGUGCCAGUCAGUGCCACCUAUCAGUGCCAUAUAUGAGUGCUGCCUUUCAGUGCCCAUCAGUGAUGCCUGUCAAUGCCCAUCAGUG